UCGAGCAAGCAUCAGCUGUUUCUUUUCUUUUCGUUUAUCGCGCGCGCGAUCGAUGCUGGAGCAAAGAAGGCAGGAAUUGCUUGCAAAAUGUUGCGUUCGUCGUCGUUCAAGUUUGUAGUUGGAGCAGGACUAGUGGCUUUAGGAGCCGUUACGCUGACGUACGUUCUUAAUGGAAGAAAGAGGAAGAGAACAAAGAUUAUUGAAAUGAUGGACGAGUUCCAAAAACCGUACGUCCACAUGAAAGAUCCGGACAGGGUGGAGGAGUUGGUGACGCAGCUGAUCAAAGACGGCAAGAGCAAACUCCUAGUGGUCACAGACUUUGACCGAACCUUGUCCAGAUUCAUGGACAACGAAGGCCGGAAAGUGCCCACAUGUCAUGGUGUUUUAGACAUCGCCACAAUACUGCCAGAAGAAUACAGAAAGAAAGCGAUAGCAACUCGCGAACACUACUACCCACUAGAGAUGUCUAACACGCUGAGCAGAGAGGAGAAAUAUCAGCUGAUGACAGACUGGUGGACGUCAGCGCACGAACUUCUUGUUGAAUGCAAUCUCAACAGAGGUGAUAUAGCCGAAAUGGUGCGGGAUGCAAAGGUUAUAUUAAGGGAGCAUAGUAACAUCAUGUUUGAAAUGUUGGAGUAUUAUGGUGUACCUCUACUGAUAUUCUCAGCCGGCAUUGGGGAUAUUCUACUAGAGGCCAUCAAGCUAGAAAAUCUUCACAGUUAUCAGAAUGUACAAGUCAUCUCCAACUUCAUGGAAUUCAAUGACGAGGACAAACUUGUAGGAUUCAAAGGCGAACUGAUCCACACGUACAACAAGCAUGAAGCGGCAGUGCACCACCCUGAAUACUUCGAGAGACACAAGAAACGAGACAACAUCAUCCUACUAGGAGACACACUAGGUGACCUGAGUAUGGUGGAUGGAAUGCCAUAUACCAAACACACACUCACGAUAGGCUUCCUCAAUGAUCAUAUCGAACAGAAUCUAGAGAUGUACAAAGAAAAUUUUGACAUUGUGCUGGUAAGUGACGAGACGAUGGACCUACCAAUCGCAGUACUGAAGAAAAUCCUGUAAAGCGAGGACGUCAAGAAGUGGGGUAACAAAAAAAAACGGCAACAUACAAUUGGGAAAAUGAGGACCAUUAGGAAAGGGAGGACAAAUAUACCAAUGGUCCUCAGAAGCGAAAUUUCAGUCAAGGGCCCUCUGGCUUGCAAAGAUUCCAGGCUGACGAUUUUAGAGUGUAAAGGAUAAUGAAGGACAACUAUGCCAUGUCCUCAGAAAGAUAUGGAGUAUGAACAAAUAACACGUCCUCAGAAUGUGUAUAUGGGGCAAUACUAUGUCCUCAGAAAGAUAUAUUGGGAACGGAGUACCAGAGAA